GGCGGCUGAGGCGGCGGGGGCGGGGCGGCUCCUCCCGGCUGGCGGCGGCGAAGAUGGCAGAUUUUUUGAAAGGAUUACCGGUCUACAACAAAAGCAACUUCAGCAGAUUCCAUGCGGACUCUGUAUGUAAAGCAUCAAACAGAAGACCGUCGGUAUACCUUCCCACGAGAGAAUACCCGUCUGAACAAAUUAUAGUAACAGAAAAGACAAAUAUACUUUUGCGUUACUUACAUCAGCAGUGGGACAAAAAGAAUGCAGCAAAGAAGAGAGAUCAAGAGCAAGUGGAAAUAGAAGGUGAGAAUUCGGCGCCACCACGGAAAAUCGCUCGGACAGACAGCCAGGAUAUGAACGAGGACACUUAAACUCUUGGCUUUCUCCUCUACUACUUUGCAGGCGCUUCCUGUUUUGUCUCAAAGUGUGUAAAUUUCGCCCCUUGCCCCCAUCUCUCACCCAUCCACUAUGCAGCCCAAACCACUUCUGACUUCAUAGGAGCCAAUGUAUUUAUUUUUUCUCCGUUUUUUUUCUUUUUUUUUAUUUAUGCCGUAAAACUUACGGAGCGAUGGUGGAACAAUCCAGUAAAACAUGUAGUGUAACCUUAGUUCCUCCUUUCUCAAAAGCAUACACUGUCACUUUUACAGGUUUUGUUAAAUCUGUUACCUAACCAGCCGGCUCUAGCUAUGGGAGCCUGAGUAGGAGACGGGGGUUGUUACAGACCCCUGGAGGGGUACGGGCUUUUCGAUCCAUGUACCCGUUGACAUACUACAAGUGGUUCAUUCUUCUUUGUGCCCAGUCCAGCCAUAAGUGUGGGGCCUCACUAUUUUUUCGCAAAUACUCUGAAAUUGGCACCGCACUGAAAAAAAAAAAAAUAAAUCAUGGGUGUCAUUUAGGAUUAUGUUGAUCUUAGCAAAAUGUGUUGUCAACUUGAUAUACCAGUUGUAUUCUUUUGGUCUGUUCUGUAAGGGCCACGGUCGUUUGGCAGCGUACGUUAUCUCAUACGUCAGUGGUCAUGGAGAAUUCAAGUGAAAGGUGUGUUGCUUGUGUUGCUCUUUAAUUCUAACAGUCUCUUGGUCUUGAACAGACUGAUAUGUGCAACUUCUCCGUUGGAAUAAAAGGAUACUUUUAUCCUAUUCUGAGUAUUUGAUCAACAGUGUAUUUAAGCAGCAGCUGAUGGAGUGGAGUUGGGUAGGCGCCCUGCAGGCAGCGCUUGGCCGGAUAAGUCUGGGAGCACCUUGGCAACUAGAUCUAGUUCUCUGUGUCGACUGCCGGCUCUGACUAAUGGUACGUUGAAUUUCCUGCGAUAUCGGCAUGUCUGGAGUGGAGUCCAGGACUUAGAGUUGAUCAAAACGUGAGCUUCCGUGGUCUCCGUUAAAGACCAAUCGAUCUCUUUUGGACUGUGACAGCUCAGUGCCUGUUGCCUGUAACCCUUCUCUGACUCUUCAGUAGGAGCAAAAAUGGAGACCCGUAAGUCGUCUAGGUGGAUUCGGAGGUUCAGAGACUUAAAAGGAAAUGACCAUCGUCGCUGAAGGGGACAGGGAAGGUGUAGUUUAGUAAUGAUGUCUUGUCUGCUUUAAUGUAAGAAGCUGACUUCACACUGUGUUAGUUUAAAUUGAUGAAUUUAUAACUGUGUUUUUUCCUCGUUCACGAAUCUGAAACACCAGUUCGAGAAAUCUCACGAACAUUGUUCUAGAGAUCCUGGAUAAGCCUAGUUCUGUGCGAUUGCAGUGGCCACGAGCUUUGAGGCCGGGGUUUCUGCUGUCCCCUUCUCCACAGCAUCCCCUUCCUACCAGCGGACGCCACAAGAUGAGGUGUGGGGGCGAAGGGGACCCGGAGGGAGAUAGACCGUUGCUUACGACUGCGUGUUAUGAGGCAGAACCUUGGGAAGAGCAGGGCACAGCUCACUCUGCGUUCUCAAAUGUACGUUAGGCACCGAGUUUCUGAUGCAGUGAAUGAAUUUAACUUAAAGUUAGCACCAAGUAGUUUAGAACUUUGUACCUGCCUCAGAAAAUGUUACCUUUUUGCUAUGGCAGUAACCUCCAAAUUACUGGAAUGUUGUUGGAAAUGCCAACCGUGUUGGUGAAGAUAAAAAAUACUUAGAGUUCCAUGUGAUUUACUGGCAAUUGCAAGAGGACUUCUCCCAGAGUUCCGCUAUCAACAAGUACUUCUGUGCAAAGUGCAGGGUGUUAACUGAAGAUGCCGUGUUAGCAUCUGGUCUCGCAGGGAUCAUCUGAAGCUGAAACUGAAGAAUCCCGUGAAGAGCUGUGAGAUACCAAAAGAGGAAACGGACAUGCAGCUGGUGGUAAAGUGUGACCAAUUUGUGUGUUUUAGCAAAGCUUGAGAGCUGCAGCCUUGCAGACUAAUGUUUGUACAGUGCGUUGAAGUUGUAAAAUGCUGUAUACUUGAUUGACAUGGCAAGGUUUGGGCUUUGCUGACUUCUCUGCUAGACAGAGUGAUGUACUAUUAAAGAGAGUUGGCAGUUC